GUUUGUAUUUGUUGAUUGACUUGCGCUGUAGUUGUCCAUACAAGGACUCAAAUCGGCUAAUAGCAAAUGUUAUGGACUCGACUCGGUUCGGUUUACGUUCCUACCAAACCCGAACCGCAGGCUGUCUCACUCGGUUCUGCACUGCUUGUUAAUUCUAGCAAACAAAUGCGGCUUUCUUCCCCGCACCUACGCCUACGCCUCCGCUUCCGCUUCGUCGCCGCCGCCGCGUCAGUCCCCAACACCACCGCCAUGUCAUCUCGCCCCUUGUACCGAGGUGGACGCAAUCAGGGGCGCAGAGGCUUCUCCGACCGACCUGGCAGAGGCGGGAGGGGCGGGAGGGGCGAGCUGGUUACCGGAGACUCGCACUACCAAUCAGUUCGAGACGCGAACCUCGGCUUCCGCCAAGGAAACCUCUCCGAGCAAACCUCGUUUCAGCCUCAGCCCUUCAGUUUCAAUCCUAGACCUCCACCGCCACACUACCAUAACCACCAACAGUUUCGCCAACCGCCACCGCACAGCCAAUAUCAGACGCAACGCCCACUGUUCAAUCAAAAUUACGCGCCCCGGCCAUUCCGGCCCCGCCCACACAAGCCUUUGGAUUACCGGAGCUGGGAGCAUGCCAAAACGGCACCUCCUCCUAAUUCUGAGAGGUUUACUGUUCUUUCAUAUAAUAUAUUGGCUGACUACCUUGCCAGCAGCCAUCGGCCUAAGCUUUACUUUCACAUACCUCGCUAUAUGUUGGAUUGGGAGUGGAGAAAGAGGAGUUUAAUUUUUGAGCUUGGAUUAUGGUCAACAGAUAUAAUGUGUUUUCAGGAGGUUGAUAGAUUUCAGGACUUGGAGGAGGAGUUGAAGAUCAGGGGAUAUAAUGGCAUUUGGAAGAUGCGAACUGGCAAUGCAAUUGAUGGCUGUGCAAUCUUUUGGCGAAGUUCAAGGUUCAAAUUACUCUAUGAUGAAAGUAUUGAGUUCAAUAAGUUUGAUCUUCGGGAUAACGUUGCCCAGAUAUGUGUACUUGAGUUAUUGAACCAAAAUAAUGCUGCAAAUACAGCAUCUCCUCUGAGAAGCUCAACAGAUUCUUAUAAAGUUGUCAUAUGUAACAUUCAUGUGCUAUUUAAUCCAAAAAGAGGAGAGAUUAAGCUUGGCCAGGUUAGGAGGCUACUAGAUAGAGCUCAUGCUGUCUCACAGAUGUGGAAUAAUGCUCCAGUUGUUCUCUGUGGGGAUUUUAACUGCACCCCGAAGAGCCCAUUGUACAACUUUAUCUCAGAACAGAAGUUAGAUUUGUUGGGACUGGAUAGAGAUAAAGUAUCAGGACAAGCCUCUGCUGAAAGUCGUUCUUCAAGGCCUUUUAAUCCUAACCCAGGACCUGAGUUAGCUAGUUCAGUAAGGCAUCCACCAACAACAGAUGACAAGGAGGCUGCAACUGAGAGUAACGAUUCCUCCUUGCACGUAUUGGAAGCAAAUAAUAUAGAUAGAAAUGUGGAAAAUGAUCCUUCUGUGAAAAAUUUGUCUCAGCCUAACGAGACAGUGCUGGGUUCAUCUAGUUUGUCUUGCACCAUUCUUCCAUGUGGAAGUAAGGAUGCACAAGAUGAUGAAGAGACAAAAUUAACUCAGCAGGCUGCUCUAAAUUUUCCAGAGGCUGAAAAUGAAUCACCAUCUGUAGUACCAGUUGACAACUCCAGGGAAAAUUCAAGCAAUUUUAGUGAAGGUAGAUUUCCUUUAGAUCAGAUGAAUGAAAACUUGCAAAAAUUUUCUCCUCCAAGAGCUACUUGUUCUGAAGAUCUUCAUGCUGAUCUGAGUCAGGUGGGAGAGAGAGGAGAAAAUGCUGCUUCCCAUUCUAUCCAAGGGGCUUCAAGCACAAAUUCAAGGACAAAUAUUAGUACAGAAAAUCAAGCUGCAAACUUUGGUAACCUAGUGACUCAUGAUCAUUCUACAAGCAUCAGGACCAAUGAAGAGAGCAGUCAACAAACUUUUCACUCAGAAAUUCCAUCAAGUGGGUCAUUUUGCCAGACUCAGUCCCCUGAUUCUCUCAAAGUUUCUACUUCAGGAAUCUCAGCAAGUCAGACAUCUGAACUAAUUGUUAACAAUGAGAAAGGUAGCCCUACAAUCACAUAUCAAGUUGACUUCUCAAGUCUGUCUACUGGCAUUGAAGAGAAAGUGGAGAAAUUAUCUCUUGAAGGUGAAACCUUGGUGGAAAGCAUAAAUGAAGAUGAGAACACAUUUUUGGCUGCACUGCAUGGCAAGGAAUCAGAUUUAGAAAUUUCUAGUCCCCAGAACUGGCACCUAACUUCACCAAGUGAUGAAGUUCUGGAUGAUUUAUCACCUUUUGAAGAAAAAACUACUUACAAUCCAUCAUUAUGGACCCCAAUGGAUAUAGCAAAUGCAACAGGCAGUGAGGAUUGCACUUGUUUGGAGCACUCUCUACAGCUAAAAAGCACAUAUACAGAAGUAGAGGAUUGUUCGGAGACAAGAGACUCUAACAGGGAGCCCCUUGUGACCAGUUACCACAGAUGUUUCAUGGGCACACUAGAUUACAUAUGGCGGUCUAAAGGCCUCCAAACCGUAAAGGUGCUUGCUCCGAUGCCUAAAAAGGCUCUGGAGUGGACGCCCGGGUUCCCAACAAAGAAAUGGGGCAGUGAUCAUAUUGCCUUGGCUUCAGAAUUGGCAUUUGUAAAAGACGAGAUCAAUCAAGGUGCUGAAAGUUCCGUAGCUUGCUAGUUUUUUGUGCACUUGGAGUGUACACAGAAAUAGCUCCGAGAAUCCCUCUUUGCUCUCUCAACAUUUGGUUGUAAGUGGCAUAAUGUAUUCCAUAGAGAAUCAAACUAUCAUUUCUCAACUCCCUUUGCGGGUUGUCGGAUGUAUUUUCACUUAAAAGGAAAACUAAAUGUUUAUUGUUAGAAAUAAAUAGUAUAAGAGUUUAUUAUUUAAAUUGUAUUAAAUUGUAAAAUAAAGAUUUUUUUAAUAA